AUGGCUAAGCGAACAAAGUCAGUAACGUGGACGCAAAUAUAUGAUGCCGGGCCUACAAGAAAGGUGUUCGAACUGCCAGACGGUGGAAGGAUAAGAUUAGUAGAGAUAAGCGAAACACCUACUUAUGACUGUGUCAUGGUCUCUUCCAGAGACAUAUGCAUGCAUGUCAUAUGGGUCAUGCUGAGAAAAUUGAAUGUCAACGAAAAUGACGACAUUAUUCAGCAAAAAUCGAUUCCAGUUAACCGGGUCAAGAGGCUUCUGAGAAGUGAAGAGCAUGCCGUAAGCAGUGGGGUCACUGCGAGUUCGACUAGUGGAGUCUCCGCUGCAACUACAGCUUUACCACCUGCGACAGGCACAACAGCCAUCAGUGGAGGUUUCUUCCACAACAUUGGAGUCUCCACAACGAACAUUGCUAUACCACCUGCGGCAAGUACAACAGCCAUCAGUGGAGGUUUCUUGCCAUACGGUGGAAGCUCCAUAGCGAGCAGAGCUAUAUUACUUUCAGCAAGUACAACAGCCAUCAGUGGAGGUUUCUUACCAAACAGUGGAAGCUCCACAACGUGCAGAAUUUUACUUCUGGCGGCAGGUACAACAGCCAUCAGUGGAGGUUUCUUCCACAACAUUGGAGUCUCCGCCACGAGCAGAGCUCUGCCACCUGCGGCAAGUACAACAGCCAUCAGUGGAGGUCUUUUACCAAACAGUGGAAGCUCCACAACGUGCAGAGCUUUACCACCUGCGGCAGGUACAAAAGCCAUCACUGGAGGUUUCUUGCCAAACAGUGGAAGCUCCACAACAAGCAGAGCUCUACCACCUGCGGUAAGCACAACAGCCAUCAGCAGUGGAUUCUCUAACAAUUUCACAAGUGAAGGUCUCUUGCCAAACAGUGGCAGCUCCACAACGAGCACAGCAAUACCAGCACCCUAUCCACACUUUCCUCCCCAUGUCUAUCAAAGUCACGAGAGGAUGCCUUGGCACAACAGCAACCCAUUUGUAAUUGUCCCAAUUAACAAUAGGAUAAAGAAAUGUGCAGGAUGCCCAUUUGAGUUUUUGGACGCCAGUGGUCCUACCUUUACUGGUUUGGUUGUUCGCCAUUGUGAAAAGGACUUCUACAUAGACAAAACUGGGCAUCAGAUGGUGGGAAGAGAAACCAACAGAUAUUACCACUGCGAAAAUGGAUGUCUAUUAAAUAGGCAUCCAUACUUCAGCCCCGCUCUGAUACGACUCGAACCAGGACUGAAGUUGAAUUCCUUUCAACUAAAUCAUUUGCAGCGUGCUCUGCAUGUACAGUUCCAGUGA